AUGGACCGGGUACUUCAGGCCGGGGUUCAGCUGGCCCCACGCCUUUUGCUGGAGAAUCCCGAGGAAGAGGACGAGCUGCUGUCGCGCGAAUUCAACGACGUCGAUUUCAGGCCCCCGCAGCAGUUUCUCCAGGGCUUCUGGAACGCGGGACGGCGUUGGCUCGGGCGAGACGGGGACAUAGGAAAGCCGCCCGUCCGCUGGGGACCAGAAGUCGUCUUUGGUAAUGGUGGCGGUGAUAUUUCGGAUUUCCUUAUCGACUCGCUAAGGGGGAACGACGACGUUCCACUGUUUGAAGAGCUCAUCGGGGAGGUCGCCGAGCCGGGCCGUGAGGGAGAGGAGAUGGUCAUCAUCUUCAAAGUCUGA